AUGUUUUAUUAGAACGACUAUUGAACAUUCAUUUUUCUAAGUUGCACAUAUUUACAUUAAUUACUAUGAAGUUGUCAGAAUGUAAAGCACUAUACAUUAUAUACUGUAUCAAAAUAUAUAGAAUCAAAUAUACAAAAACAAACAAUAACUAAAUAUUAAGAAUAUAUGAACAUAAUAGAUAAUAAAUAUUCUAAAUAGCAAAAAUAUUUCACACAUAACAAACUAAAGAUAAUCACUACAGCAUUGCACUUAGAACAGAAAACACAAACUAAAAUUAAAACCUAACCUUGAUGCAACAUCAUCAAUAAUGUCAUCACAUGAAAUCUGCUCCCCUACUGAGUGAUUGAUACUAAUCAGAGCCAGGUUAGUGAGCCGCCCCUGAAACAUAGGUGACCUCAGGUAUGACUUGAUCAAGUUUUGAAAAGCUCCUCUCAGCUUGAGCCACAGUGACUGGCAGAGCAGUCCAAAAGUUGGGGUAGAUCUCCUAUAGAUCUCAUGAUCCAUAAUAUUUUAGAAUUGCCUCUGAAAUUGUAAUUUAAACUGACAUAAAAAACUGUAGACUACCAAAAAUGCCAACUUUUACAGAACAAAUCAUGUAAAAAAUAAUCAGUGCAGCCAUCUGCAAUAAAUAAACAGGAUAGUUAGUGGUGACUGGGGUGUUUUCUUCUGCUUGUAGAGUGGUUUCAUUUAUUAUUAUGUGAACAUGAUCAACAUGUGUUUGUUGUUGUUCAGGCAGGCCACAGACUGCAGUGAGCAUUUAACAAAUCCUAGUUUGAAUCAGUAAAAAACGAUUCAAGGACUUUUUUCAAACCAUUUGAAUAUUCGUUUAAAUAUUUCAGCCCUAUUAGCUCUGUUAGCAAUUAGUUGACCGCAUUUAACCGUUAAAAUCCCAGUUAACUGGUUCAAAAAAUUGAAAACAUGCAUCAUGAGAGCUACAUACCUUUAUCUUUCUGCUCUUUUUUCUUUUUUUCCCCCUGAAUCGGGCACCUGGUGGUUUUAGCCUUUUUAUGUUCAUCUCUUCUGUUUGGCUCCUGACUCAGUAAGUUUCCUUUAGUCAGGACUAAACAAUUUGACCUUGAUGGGGGGGUGACCACAAAAUCGUUUUGUUUUUCCUUUUUUUAUUCGGCCAUUUCACACAAUUCAGAGAAACCUGAAAGAAUGAUAGGCCUGUGUUUAUGAUAUUAUGAAUGAAAUAUGGAAGAACGUUAAGAUGUGAUUGACUUUAGCCAUGUUAAUACAGUUGAUUCAGCCCCUGCACGCUCAUUUCAUCUGGGAAAGACGCAGAGGUGAAUUCCCCCGCCGCACCCCUCCCCUUCCUGUUCUUCAUUGACACACGGGUGCACGUGAACGUUCUCAGUCAGCAUGAGCGCCUGCAACUGCAGGGGGCGCCAACUUGCUGUUUCCAAUCCAGACACUGUAAUAUGACAGAUAAUAGAACACCUCGGUGCGGCGCAGAUUUCCUUUUUUUUUUUUUACUCCGCGCUUGUGCGCCCCUUUUGUGUCAUGAAAAAAUGCCGCCCCGGGCAACUGCCCUGUCUGCCCGUGCCUAAAACCGCUACUGUCCCCAGCAAUUUUUAAACCCCACUCAAGUGUAUGGUUAUUGUCCCCAGCAAUUCUGAAAACAAACUGACGCCCUUGUUGGGAGCGGACAAUUCGCCGAGCGUUUGUGGGGGGGAUUAAUAUUGAGACUUUUUGUGCUCUACAUUUAAUGCAUUUAUUUCUACUCUGUAUGGAAGAGGAUUAGAGCCACUGACAAGAAAUAAAAGAAAAGGAGAAUUCUUACUUUUUUCUCAGAAUUCUGACUUUUAAUCUCAGAAUUCUGACAGGGAAUUCAGGGAAAUAAGUCAGAAUUCUCUUUCUUUUCUUUUUUUCCUUUUCUGUGCCUGCAGCUAAUGCUAUAAUUAAUAACAUGUUUGUUGGUUUGUUUGUUUUCAUAAGCCCUACGCACUGUGCGUGAUGCGCAUUUGGGGAAGCGCAGGCGCUGGCUUAGCGUGAGAGUUUGGAGGUGUGGCGUAAGAGCGUGUGAAGAGGGUUAAAUGCAUCGCAAGCCUUAGGGAUCACAAGUCGCCCACUUUUGAGCAUGUUUGGUUAUUUAACGGCGAGAAACAGUGGAACAUGUUUUGUGUAACUGUAUAAAAUAUGAGGAAAGAAGAGGACAACUCAGGGAGAUAUUAAAAAACAUAGGAGGUGGAGUGAUAAAUGUAAAGAAUUUGUUAAAUGGUGAAGAAAGGCAUUAUAAGUUGGCUAUUGAGUAUCUAAAACACAGUGGUUUGUUGUUGAAUAGAAUUUAGUUUUUAGUUGGGGUUUUUUAGAGAGGGUGCUCGCUGCAGAACUACAAAGGCGGAGCUGCACCAUAAGGUGGAGCUGCACCAGAGUCAACCCCGCCCAUUCACGCAAACUCAGCCUAGCCCACUGACUUCCGUUUUUGUUUUCAACUUUAUCGCAAACUGACCUGACCCACAUGAAUUACGGCUGUUACUAGUUUACAGUCGUUAAUGCUAUGUUCUGUGCUCCAAUUAAACAAGAUAAAUAUAACUUGCUACAUGACAAAGUCUGAAUAUAUCCCGAAAUAAAAAGGUUUCUCGUAGCGAAUAUCUGCCCACAGCCGCUCUAACAAAAGUCCUGUACAACAGCAUGUACCCUUCCUGUGGGUUCUGGUAGUCCAGUGGCAAGAUCGUCUGACUAACGUUUUGCUUUCCCCUCAGCUGAUGCUGGUUCGAUUCUCGGUGGGGUCGGCAACAAUCUAUUCAGCCAGCUGAAACAUUUAAUUUGUUCAUAUUUUAGUUGUAAUGUUCAUUUAUAGCAAAAUAUUUAUGUCUCUACAAGUUCUUUGAAUUUGGUCGUUCCUAAACAGCAUUUUAGUUGAAACUCUGCUCACAGAUGGACUCACACUGGCUAAAUAAACGAAUGAAUAAAUAAAAAAAACACAUUAGUCAUUAUAUGUUAAACGGCAUACCAAUAAAUUGUUGUAAACAUAGUACUGGCAAGUGUAGCUAGAAAUGAGGAAAAGAGAUUAUAGAAUAUUUCCACUGCUGGGAGGCGAACCUGCGCAAAACUGCAUGUCAACCUGACACCAUUACCACUACACCACCACAUCUGAUAAAAAUCAGGUGGCGUUACAUUUUAUUAUGUUAUUUGGUGUGUCUUUGUAGAUGGGAUGUAUGAUUUUUCUGGCGGUGUCUCAGUAGAAGUCAUUUCAGAAAUAAAUUGUCAGAAAAUUCACAGAAUAUCCAGAUUUGAGAACCAAGACCAGACCCACUUUGGGGGAGGAGACCAAAUUGAAGCUGAGAUGGGAAGAAAAUGCAUGAAUGAGGCCAAAAAUGGCUUUGGCGUGUUUCUUAUGAGGAAAUGACAAUAUAACAUGAUUAAAAGUUCCAAAAGUUAGAUUUUUAAUUAUAUGGAACCUUUACAAAAACUGUUCAAUUAACUUCUCAACUCCCUCCUCAAUCUUGCAUUUUUUAGCUAUAACACCCUCUUUGUUUCCAGAAUGCUAUCAAGUCUGACAACUGGAAGGAAUUGGACUGACUCCGAUAGGAUGGGCGGGGCUGAUUCUGGAAUGGGCGGGGCUGACUCUGGUGCAGCUCCACCUUCUGGUGCAGCUCCGCCUUUGUGGUUCUGCAGCGAGCACCACUUGGUUUUUUACGCUCUUACUCCGACUCACACUCCAGCACAGUAGGUGGCGGAAAUGCACCUAGAAGUUAGAUGCCACCCGCCAAUAAACACGAAGAAGACGAAGAAGAAGAGUCACUCGUCUGAUUGGUGAAUUCACCUGGCGCGAAACCGUUGGACCAAGUUUCGAAUUUUCAAAGGAUUUGAUCACGUCGGCGACCAUAGGAUUAGUCUGGAGCUGUUUUACUACUUGUUCAAUCCUCAUCUUUUACGAUAUUAAAAACAACACGAAUUAGAAAGAUGGCUGAACCGCUGAAGGCCUUUUUAGAAAACAAGCCGGUGGAGAAGACAAAGAAAGAUCCGAAGCGAAUGUCCGUGGAGAGGAUCUACCAGAAGAAGACCCAGUUGGAGCACAUUUUGCUCAGACCAGACACCUAUAUUGGUUCUGUUGAGCCUGUCACUCAACAAAUGUGGGUGUAUGAUGAGCUUGAUGGCCUGAACUGCCGUGACGUGACGUUUGUGCCAGGGCUUUAUAAGAUUUUUGAUGAGAUCCUUGUAAAUGCAGCUGACAAUAAGCAGAGGGAUAAAAAUAUGAACCGCAUCAAGGUCAGCAUCGAUGUUGAGAACAAUACCAUCAGUGUUUGGAAUAAUGGGAAGGGGAUUCCUGUGGUGGAGCACAAAGUGGAGAAGGUCUAUGUGCCCGCCCUUAUCUUUGGACAGCUUCUUACUUCCAGCAAUUACGAUGAUGAUGAGAAGAAAGUCACUGGUGGUCGUAAUGGAUACGGUGCCAAGCUCUGCAACAUAUUCAGCACCAAGUUCACAGUGGAGACUGCCUGCAAAGAGUCAAAGAAGGUUUUCAAGCAGAGCUGGUAUGACAACAUGGGCAGAUCAGAGGAUGCCAAAAUCAAGCCCUUUGAUGGGGAAGAGUAUACGUGCAUCACCUUCAGGCCUGAUCUCUCCAAGUUCAAGAUGAGCACCCUGGACAGAGACACCGUGGCUCUGAUGACAAGGAGGGCAUAUGACAUUGCUGGAUCUUCUAAGGGAGUGAAGGUGUUCUUCAAUGGCAAGAUGCUGCCAGUGACUGGCUUUCGUAGCUACGUGGACAUGUAUGUAAAGGACAAGGUGGACGAGCUGGGCGCUGCGCUCACCGUCAUCCAUGAGAUCGUUAAUGAGCGCUGGGAGGUCUGCCUCACCAUGAGUGAGAAAGGUUUCCAGCAAGUCAGCUUCGUCAACAGUAUUGCCACAACAAAGGGGGGCAGACACAUCGACUACGUUGCUGACCAGGUCGUCAGCAAGCUCAUCGAUGUGGUGAAGAAGAAGAACAAAGCCGGCGUGGCUGUCAAACCCUUCCAGGUGAAGAAUCACAUGUGGCUGUUUGUCAACUGCCUGAUAGAGAACCCCACGUUUGACUCUCAGACCAAAGAAAACAUGACGCUGCAGCACAAGAAGUUUGGCUCCACUUGUCCUCUUAGUGACAAGUUCUUUAAGCAGGCUACCGGUUGUGGGAUUGUGGAAAGCAUCAUGAACUGGGUCAAGUUCAAAGCUCAGUCCCAGCUCAACAAGAAGUGUUCAGCUGUGAAGCACACCAAAAUAAAGGGUGUGCCAAAGCUGGAUGACGCUAAUGAUGCAGGUGGCAAAAACUCCCUUGGCUGCACUCUGAUCCUCACUGAGGGAGACUCGGCCAAGACGCUGGCGGUAUCUGGGCUGGGGGUGGUCGGCAGGGAUCGUUACGGUGUGUUCCCACUCCGAGGAAAAAUGCUCAACGUCCGGGAGGCCACGCAUAAGCAGAUUAUGGAAAACGCUGAAAUCAACAACAUCAUCAAAAUCCUGGGCCUUCAGUACAAGAAGAACUACAGCGACCCCGAGUCCCUGAAAAGUCUGCGAUAUGGAAAGAUCAUGAUCAUGACAGAUCAGGAUCAAGAUGGCUCCCACAUUAAGGGAUUGUUGAUCAACUUCAUCCACCACAACUGGCCUUCACUGCUCCAGCACAACUUCCUGGAAGAGUUCAUCACACCCAUCAUCAAGGCUUCUUUCAAGAAAACCCAGUUGUGUUUCUACAGCAUCCCUGAGUAUGAAGCGUGGAAGGAGAGCCAGGCCAACCACAAAUCCUGGAAAAUCAAAUACUACAAAGGUUUGGGAACCAGCACGUCGCAGGAAGCCAAGGAGUACUUCUCAGAUAUGCAAAAACACAAAAUCCCGUUUAAGUACUGUGGACCUCAGGACGAUGAAGCUAUCACUCUUGCCUUUAGCAAGAAAAAGGUGGAUGAGAGAAAAGAGUGGCUCACCAACUUCAUGAACAACAGGCGUCAGCGCAAAGAGCACAACCUGCCAGAGGAUUACCUGUACGGCAAGUCGACCAAAUUCCUGUCCUACAAUGACUUUGUCAACAAGGAGCUCGUCCUUUUCUCCAACUCUGACAAUGAGAGGUCCAUCCCAUGCUUGGUGGAUGGUUUGAAGCCGGGUCAAAGGAAGGUGUUGUUCUGUUGCUUUAAGAGGAACGAUAAGCGAGAGGUGAAGGUAGCCCAGCUGGCUGGCUCGGUGGCUGAGAUGUCUGCGUACCACCACGGGGAGAUGUCUCUGAUGAUGACCAUCAUUAACUUAGCCCAGGACUUUGUGGGAAGCAACAACCUGAACCUGCUGCAGCCUCUGGGACAGUUUGGAACCAGGCUGCACGGUGGAAAAGACUCAGCCAGCCCUCGAUACAUCUUCACCAUGCUAAGCCCUCUGGCCCGUCUCCUUUUCCCACCUCUGGAUGACAACCUGCUCAAGUACAACUUUGACGAUAAUCAGCGAGUGGAGCCAGAGUGGUACAUUCCCAUCAUCCCGACUGUGCUGGUGAAUGGUUCAGAAGGCAUCGGCACAGGCUGGGCCAGCAAGCUUCCUAACUACGACAUCCGUGAGAUCAUCAGCAACAUCCACCGAAUGCUCAACGGGGAGGAACCCUUGCCCAUGGUCCCAAGCUACAAAGGCUUCAAAGGUACAAUCGAGCACGUGAUGGACAACCAGUUCAUGAACAGCGGAGAGGUGUCCAUCAUCGACUCCACAACCAUUGAGAUCACUGAACUGCCUGUGAAAACAUGGACUCAGGCCUACAAGGAGAAUGUGUUGGAGCCCAUGCUGAAUGGAACCGAGAAAGUUCCUCCUCUCAUCACGGACUACAAGGAAUACCACACCGACACCACGGUGAGGUUUGUUGUUAAGCUUACGCCUGAGAAGCUGGUGGAGGUGGAGGCCGCUGGGAUUCACAAAGUCUUUAAGCUGCAGAGCUCCCUCACCUGUAACUCCAUGGUCCUGUUUGAUCACAUGGGUAGCUUGAAGAAAUAUGAGUCUGUGCUGGACAUCUUCAGAGACUUCUUUGAGCUGAGGAAGAAAUACUACUUCCUGAGAAAGGACUGGCUGGUCGGGAUGCUCGGAGCAGAGAGCUCUAAACUCUCAAACCAGGCUCGUUUCAUCCUGGAGAAAAUCCAGGGAACUCUGGUCAUCGAAAACAAACCAAAGAAGGAACUGAUUCGGAUGCUGCAGCAGAUGGGCUAUGACUCAGACCCGGUCAAAGCCUGGAAACAGGCUCAAGAUAAGAACGAGGAGGAGUUGAAUGAAGAGGAGGAAGGAGCAGAACAGGAUGACAGCGGGCCGGACUACAACUACCUGCUGAGCAUGCCCAUGUGGUUUCUGACUAAAGAGAAGAAGGAGGAGCUGUGCAAACAGAGAGAUGCUAAGCUGACAGAGUUGAACAUUCUGAAGAAAAAGUCUGCAGAAGACCUGUGGAGGGAAGAUCUCUCCGCUUUCUCAGAGGAGCUGGAGCGCGUUGAGGCAAAAGAGAAGGAGAAUGCCAUGUUGCCUGUGAAGGCUGCUGGAAAAGGAAAAGGUGUGAAAGUGAAAACGGAGACUCUGCCCACGCCGCAGGGCCGCCGCAUUGUUCCUCGCAUCACCAGCGCUAUGAAAGCUGAGGCCAACAAGAAGGCUUGUGUGAGGAGAGGAGAGAAGCAGGAAGGCAAGCGAGGCAAGAAGGCCAAGAGCGACAGUUUAAUAGUGAAGAUGGAGUUUGACGAGGACAUGGAGAACAUUUCUCCAGUGGAGGAAACUGGUUUGGUUGCACGGCUGGGCAAGAAAACAAAUGCCAAGGAGAAAGCUUCAAAGACCAGCAAGCAGACUACUCUCCAGUUUAAGGCGGUGCCCAAGAAGUCUAAGAAGAAUCCAUGGUCCGAUGAGUCCGAAGGUUUUUCUGACAGCGAGAUGGAUGCUGAUGAUGUUGAGGAGGAGGUUGUUGUCCCCAGAGAGAAGGUGGAACGCAGAACUAAAGCUCCAGUGAAGUACAGCAUGUCGGACAGUGAGGAUGAGUUUGAUGACGGGGAGAAGAAAGCCCCUAAACAGAGAGCUGUUAUCAGCGACGAUGAUUCGUCCUUUAACGUAGGGCUCAGCGCCGCGUCGGACAGCGACAAGGACUCUCCAGCUCCGCCUCCCAAAGCUCCAAAGCCCACGAAAAAGGAGACCAAGAGCAAAUCGGUAUCUAAACAAACCAAAGCCACGUCUAGUUCUCAUUCUGAUGAUCCUGCUCCCAAGGCUCCAGCUCAGUCUAAAACCAAAGAGGCUGCACCUAAGAAAGCUGCUGUUGCUAAGAAACCAGCUGCUUCCAAGAAGAAGGCGGCAGAUGUGAAGCAGCCGUCCAUCGUUGAUGCUCUGACCAAGCGCAAGCCUGCAUCCAAACCCGCUGCUGCCUCAAAGCUGCCCUCCUUUGACUCUGACGACUCAGAGGCUGAGUUAAAAGCUCCAAAAGCGAAACCUUUAAAACGAAAGCAGGUGGUCAACGAAGACUCGGACAGCGAUUCGGGUAACCUCAUGUCGAGGCUCAAAACCAAAACAAAUGCCGGCCCCAAGAAACCUAAGAAGUGGGAUGAGGAUGACAGCUUCCUGGUUUCGGACCAGGAAAUGGCCUCUCCAGUUGCUGCUGCACCCCGAGACAAAGCGGCACGCGCUCGCAAACCCGUCAACUAUAACAUCGAUUCAGACUCUGAUUUUUAAUGUGAGUCUUUAAAAGUUUUUUGAGUUACCUGGGUAGUUUUGUUAGACCACUCCUACUUGAAGAAGCCUCAGUAGGACAGUCUGUUAUUCAAUUCACUUGUUGUAUGUUGAAUGUUCUUAACGAGUUUUUGUCUUAAAAUCCAUCCAGUGUUUUAAUGACUGCAAUAAUCCUGUUGUUUCCGUUGCCAUGUAAAUAUUUCAGUGGCUUUUCUUUAACUGUUUUUGAAAUAAAAUGUGUGUUCUUUUAA